AUGCUUAGAGGCCUAGUAGCCACAAGAAUAAGUACUAGAAGAAUGCAUGUUAAAGCGAUCAAAAUGAGGUGGCUCACCGGUGGUGUGAACUACUCGUAUUUGCUAAGCACUAACGAUAAGAAGAAGAGCUGGUUAAUCGACCCAGCGGAGACCUUGGAAGUCAUGGAAGAUUUGACAACCGAUGAGAUUAAGACCAUCGAGGCGAUUGUCAACACACACCACCACUAUGACCAUGCUGGCGGGAAUGUCACGACGCUGGCUGCAUUGAAGGAAAAGGGUUGCAAUGUUUCGCACGUGAUCGCUGGCUCGCAGCGUUCUCCAAUUGCCAAUGAGAUCCCAGAUAACCUGCACGAGACGAGCUUAGGGAAGCUUAAGAUUUUGUGCAUCAGAACGCCAUGCCACACCCAGGAUUCCAUAUGCUACUACGUACAAGACACAGAAACCGGCGAACAGGCAAUUUUCACAGGUGACACUUUGUUCACCGGUGGAUGCGGCAGGUUCUUCGAGGGUACUGCUGAAGAGAUGGACAAAGCACUUAACGUCAAUCUACUUGAAUAUACGGGUGGUCGUACCAACUGGGACAAGAUCAAAGUGUACCCGGGCCACGAAUACACGGCAGGCAACGUGCACUUCAUCCGGAACAACGUAUACUUGAACAAGUCCGACAACAAGAGCUUCAACGAGUUAGAAUCGUUUGCCAAUGCAAAUGAGGUCACCACCGGCCACUUCACGCUCGCAGACGAACUUUCAUACAACCCGUUCAUGAGGCUAGACGAUAAAAUAGUAAGAAAACGCGUGGGCGACUCCCAACUCUCAUGGACCAGAGCACAGGUCAUGGACAAAUUGAGAGAACUAAAGAACAGGGCAUAG